ACGCUAGUCCCCGUUGCCAUGGUCCCCCACCGGCUCCACAUUGAGAGCAAGGCAUGCCAUUAUUCUCCCCCUGUCGAAAUGUGCUGCUUCUUCUGACUUGGGUUAUUGUGGAGCGCACAAGUGGCCCUCAGAAGAAAAUAGCAUUGCAAAGAAAGGCUGAGGUCAAAGGUCACUUUAGAGCCUUCCCAUCGCGAACCGCGUUUUUGUGAUCAAAUUUGUUGGUUACACAAAAAGAGGCACAGUAUAGUAUCUCGCAGCUCAGCCUGAGAGAGUAGUCUCUCGACUCCAUUAAACUCCACUGCCGCUCAACAGAAGCUCUCGCUUUUCAAGCAGCUGUAAGAGAGCGCAGGCAGCAGAACUCUCUCCCCUCUCCUCCGCUCAACUCCUUCACUACUCUACUGGCUGUUGAGGGAUCAACACUCUGUUGCUAAAAUGGAGUCCCCCCUGACAGAACUUCCCACAUUGCUGUCCAAUCAAUCCAUGGAGAGCUGUCCACCUGUGGACAAUACAGUAGAGAACAUGAUCUUUGGAAUCUACUACAUCAUAGUUUUUCUUCUGGCGCUGAAGGGUAAUAGCCUUGCCCUGUGGAUCUUCGCCCGCCAGAGAGGCAACUCUUCUCCAGCCAACGUCUUCCUGCUUCAUCUUGCUGUGGCCGACCUGUUUUACGUCUUCGUUUUACCCCUCAGAGCCACUUAUCAUUUAACCGGGGGACACUGGCCGUUUGGUGAAAUCCCCUGCCGCCUCGCCGGCUUCUUCUUUUAUGUUAACAUGUACGCCAGCUUGUACUUCCUGGCCUGUGUUGCAGGUGAUAGAUACCUUGCUGUGGUACAUGCCGUACGUUCCCUCAAGGUCAGGCGCCCUCGUUAUGCUCACAUAGCCAGUUUUGCUCUAUGGGCUUUGGUGAUAGUGUCUAUGGCGCCCCUACUGGUCACCAAGCAGACUGCAGACGUCAAUGGCUCUACUGUAUGCUUGCAACUGUAUAGAGAAAGGGCCUCUCGGCGUGCUCUCGUCUCUCUCGCGGUGGCCUUCACGCCACCUUUCAUCGCCACGUUGUCUUGCUACCUGCUGAUAGUGAACAGUCUGCGGAAAGGUUCAAGGCUGGAGCCGGCUCUGAAACUCCGAGCUCUUCGCACCAUUGGUCUGGUUAUGCUUAUCUACAUAGUGUGUUUUCUGCCCUAUCACUUAAGCCGUGCAACCUUCAUCCUGGGUUACGGACACCCAGACUUGUCCUGCCAAAUCAAAAGAGGGCUAGCCCUGGCUAACCGGCUUACUUCCUCUCUUACCUGCCUGAACGGGGCUUUGGAUCCACUGGUGUAUCUGUUUGCGGCUGAGAAGUUCAGGGGUAGCGUUCAGAGGAUUUUCUGCAAAGACAAAUCGGGGGGAUCCGGCGCUACAAGCGGGGACCUGAAAGGCACACAUGAGAGUUCUCUGAGUGCAAAGUCUGAGUUCUGAGAAAGCGCUUAAAAUCAUACAGAUGGUAUGAAUAUUUUGUAUUUGUUUUAGUGAUUUGGCCUACACCUUGUGAUAGUGUACGGUCAGUUCAAGAAGCCUUAUGUAUAGCCCACAAUGUGAUUUGGACAUGUUAAAACAAAUGUAUGUAAGUUUAAAGAUCUGUUUUAAAAUCACUUUGAUGGUACACUGACGUGAUAAGCUGAAUGGCUUCUGUUUUUUCUCCUAGGAGUAUAUAAGUUUGGUGUGUGGGUACGAAGGCUGGAUUGCUUUAUAAAUAUAUGUGCACAGAUAUCCGCUGUAAUCACCACAGUGAUAUGUUUAUGAAUUUAAAUGGUUUGUAUCAUUUUAAAUGGGUACAAACCAAUAAGAAUUUUUACUGUAUCACUUUUUAUUGUCAAAGUGUUCUCUGACUUCCUAGGUUGACUACAAAAGCCAUUGAACUGAUUUAAAUUCUCAGGACGUUUUUUUACGGAAAUUAAAAACGUGAUUUACUCACGUUCUCUAAAUCUUCUGUUCUGUGUGUGACACAUCAAGCCUUAUGUUCGGUUAAGUACUGAAUAAGAGCUAUUCUGUACCUUUACGUCAAUGUGUCAUACAAAAAAGGGAUUACUUAAAAAAUAUAGUAAAAAUCUAUAGUCUCACUACAGCCUUGCUGUCAUUUAUGUUGCAUAACACUGAGCUAUUGAUUUUGUUAUUGAGGCAAAGCGCUCACCACAUAGUCAUUGCAAUGUCUCUUAGCAGCGUGGACGGCAUCUAGACGAUCGUUGCAUAUGUAUUUAACUUUUUUUUUGGUUUGUUUUGUUGUCUGCAGUUCAUUUGAUUCGGGACGGUAGGCUCUAAGUGGCUGUUGCAUAUAUCAGUCAUAUACCACAGUUGUAAAGACUGUGACUAAAGACUCAUCAAGGCAUAAAUUGUGUAUAAAACUGUGUGCUGCCUUUUUAGAAAUUAAUGUUGUGUUUUUAUUAGCAUAUUACCUGUGUGCUAAUGACAUGCUCUGAAUUUGUCAACUUUGUGCACUACGGAAGUGCUUACGUUCUUAAUGAAAUCAGUGUAAAACUAAUGCAUUUCAUACUUCAUACUUUCAUACAUACAAAACUGUAUAAUCAUUUUUAACGGUCCCCGGGGGGAUUCUCGGGAUGUAGCACCCUCAAGCUGUGUUAAGAAAAGUGUGAAGGUUAACAAACCAGUGUGUUUUUUUUUUUUUUUUUUUACAUUCCUUGACGACUAUGUUAUUAAGACUAUUUAGAUGCAUGUGCAAUUCACGCUAUAUAGUUGAUUAAUAUGCUUAAUGUUGCCUACCUUUAAUAGUUUAUGGUAUAUAAGUACAGAUUUUUGUUGGCAUAAAAUACUGGUUUUGUUUUCAUGUGUUCAAGUGAUACUGAUAUGUAUUAUUAUUUAUAUUAUUUUAAUUACUGUGACCAGCUGGUAUAAAAAUGUUAUUUUUGGUGUCAUUUUUUUUUUUUUCUCAAGUAAAAUCCAUCCAUCGGUCAAUUUGCUACUGUAUAUAAAUCAGCUGAAUAAAUGUAAAUACAUUUAACCACAAA